AGAGAGCGCAGAAAGGUCACGCCGUUUUUAUCUUCGUCGCCCUGCCCAUGGCGGCUCCUGCUUUUCCCACUGAACCAGACCGCUAAACCCUCUCUCUCUCUCUCGGCCCCUUCCCCGGCGAUCCAUGGCUGCUGCUCGUACGCCGCCGCCUCCUCCAGUGAUCGGGAAGGCUGGAAGCUACACCAUCUUCAUCACUCCCCCAUCGACCACACCUGCCGCUGGGAGCCCGAGAUCGGACAUCCGGAGGCCAGCGCAGGGAUCUACUGCCGGAACCCCUGCCGCGGAAGCUCCUUAUCCGGCUAAGGCACCUCCUUCUCCUCCCCCGCCGGUGCAGGUCCCACCUCAGCAGUUUGAGAAGCCGGCUGCCAAGUCUGCCGGAUCUGUGUUAGGGUUUUUCUGGGACGCGGUCGCCAAAGUCCAAAAUGCGCAUUCGAGCUUGGACGAACACUUGGCGAAUUGGUUCGGCUUGGACCAAUCCAGGUACCAGUGGGCGUUGAAUGAUUACUUUGAAAGUAGCGGAAAGAAGGAAAGUGAAAAGGUCACAAAGCCAAAAGAAGUUGAUAAAGGACAAACUAUCUGAUAAGUUGUAGUAGAGAGGUAUCUAAAUGUUUAGGGUAAGCGUGUGUUUCCAUCCUCCACACGAGGAGAAAAAACUGCAAACUGAAAUGAUCUGAAGCUGUCGCCAUGAACUGCUCAACAUGUUGCAAUAUCAAAAGUUAUCGUGCUAUCAGAUUGAUCGUAGACAGUCCGAUAAGGAGCCUGGAAUAUGUUAAUAAGAUUUCCUUUAGAUAUAUCAUCCUGUGUAGGCAAUUCGAUUCUGUAUCUGAUGUCUAACAACCAAAAUUGCUGUUAUUAUUAUUAUUAUUUUUGUAUGGAAUCUAACCAUUCAUGUGUUAGUCUUAAAGGAUGCACCCUCAGUUGCAUUGAUGUUU